GGCACGACCAGAGAGCUCGUGCAAGGGAAAGAAAGGAAAGAAAGGAGAAAGAGAAGAAGGAAAAAGAGAAAAAGGGCUUUGCGCGUUCUCGCCAUAGGAGCCUCGCCAAGCUAAUUUGACUGCAUAUCACAACGCUCAGAUUACGAGUUCGUUGAUUCACAUGAGCCUUGUUAUUUGGUUUGGGGCACAUUCAGGUUCCUCAACUAGUAACGAGUAAUAUGAGAGCAAUAUUGACAACGGGACUUUUGAGAAUUGAAUUUUGGUAGUUUGAGACUAUGUCCUUUGGGUAAAAGGACAGCCGUAUCAUCCCCAUUCUUGAUGGUUUUGGGGUGUAACAAUACCAGCUAGUUUAUUCUCCAGAACUUCGAUAUCUGCAAAAUAGAGCAUGGCAGAUUUCGCAGUAAACUGCCUACUUGCAAAGCUCAAGGACUUUCUAGAGAAUGGGGUUCUAUUGGGAGGUGCCGAGGAAGAAGCUACUUUAGUGAAGAGGCAAUUGGAGUACGUCUGGGCAUUCCUGAGGAGUGCAGAUUCCCUGGAAGAGAGUGACGAGGAAGUCAAAGUUUGGGUGAAGCACCUGAGAGAAAUCGCAUAUGACACUGAAGACGCUCUUGAUGAGUUCAAACUUCUCCUUGCGCAUGAUCAUGGAAUUGGUAUUCCCGGUCUUCUAUCCAAGUUGUCCUGCUGUAUCAAGAACAUGAAAGGUCGAUACCGAAUUGCUUCGGAGAUGAAAUCCAUCAAUGCCAGAAUCAAAAGCAUCUUCGAUGGACACUGGAGAGUCCGAGACAAAUUAAAUAAAGUCGAACAUCGCUAUGGCUCUAGUAAGCCAGACGACACAUGGCAGGACCAGCGAGGGAAUGCUCUUCUUUUAGACAAAGCUGAGCUCGUGGGCAUCAGUGAACCGACAAAAAGGCUGGUCGGCUGGCUGAUUGAGGGCGCUUCCACUCGGCACCUAAUCUCAGUCGUGGGGAUGGGAGGACUGGGGAAAACUACAUUAGUGAAGCAAGUUUACGAAGAUCCAGAAGUGAAGAAACAUUUCAUUGUACGUGCCUGGAUAACUCUUUCUCAAUCUCCAAAUAUAGAAGAGAUCCUCCAAGGCAUGUUUCGACAAAUUAUGAGGGAGACCGAAGAACCAGUUCCUCCACUAGAGGACAACAAGGACAGGUUAUGCCAGAAGAUGAUUAUCAAGGACUUGCUACAAAAAGCAAGGUACCUAAUUGUUGUAGAUGAUGCGUGGCGCAUAAAUGAUUGGGAUGCGAUCAAACAUGCAUUGCCUAACAACAUCUGUGGCAGCAGAAUAAUCAUCACAUCCAGGAAUUCCGAUUUAGCACAUACCUCAUGCGCGGAAUUUAGGGGUAUGGUUUACAAGAUGGAGCCACUGUCAGAUGAACAGUCAUGGAAGCUUUUCCGCGCAAAAACAUUUCAGGGGAACUUGUGCCCUCCUCAUCUAGAGGAGACGUGUGGGCUUAUUCUGAGAAAGUGUGAGGGGUUGCCACUUGCCAUUGUAACUAUCGCUGGUGUUUUGGUUUUAAAAGACACAAGAAAAAAGGAUGAAUGGGAUUUGGUACUUCGCAGUCUUUUUACUGAAAUCAAUUGCAACGACAAGUUCAAAACCUUGAAGAGAGUCCUUUCACUUAGUUUUGAUGACCUGCCAUACUACUUGAAGUCCUGUUUCUUGCACUUAAGCGUAUUUCCCAAGGGUUACAUCAUUGACUGUGGGACAAUAUUUCGAUUAUGGAUUGCAGAAGGAUUUGUAGACAAGAAAGGCGGCAUGACGGUAGAAGAAGUAGCCCAGGAGCACUUCAGUGAGCUCCUGAACAGAAGCCUGAUAGAGGUGGCUGUUACAACAUACGAUGGAAGGAUGAAGUUUUGCCGUAUCCAUGAUCUUCUGGUGGAUAUUAUUACUUCAAAGUCAAGCAACCAAGGCUUUGCAGAAACAGCCAUAGAAAAACAGCCUAAUUGGCCAGACAAAGUUCGUCGCCUAUCUAUACAAAACAGCCCGCAAGCUAUACAACAGAAAAGGUCAUUGUCUCAACUUCGUUCAUUACACAUGUUUGGGGCAGAGAGAUCUUCCAUGGAUGCUGUUCUAGGUAGUGAAAUGAGACUACUCACUGUUCUGGACUUGCAAGCUGCUCCUUUGACAAGGUUCCCAGCUAAACUUGCUGAGUGGCGCUGCCUGAGAUAUCUAAGCUUCAGGUACACCAAGGUGAGAACUGUUCCAAAUUCCAUAGGGAACCUUCAAAACCUAGAGACCCUAGACCUCAAGCACACGUAUGUCACAGAAUUGCCAGUUGCAAUCUUGAAGCUCGGACGACUUCGCCAUCUACUCGUAUAUCGUUAUUCAGACACACCAUAUUCAUGGUGUAAGUAUUCAUGGUGUAAGUACGGCUUCAAGUCCCCAGGAGAAAUAGGGUCUCUACAGUCCCUGCAAAAGCUCUGCUCCAUAGAAGCAGGUGGUGGCAGAAACAGCAGCUUAAUGAGAGAGAUAGGAAAGUUGAAACAAUUGAACAGGUUAGCCAUCUUUAAUUUGAGAAGAGAAGAUGCACGGGAAUUGUGCUCGUCGAUCGAAAAAUUAACAAAGCUUCAAGCAAUAUCUGUAACUUCAGUGAACGAAAAUGAGAUUAUUGAUCUACAACAGCUCUCUGCUCCACCUCCAUUUCUCCAGAGAAUUUACUUGACAGGACGUCUGGAGGCAUUACCACGUUGGAUAUCUUAUCUUGAUAGCCUAAUGGUAUUGCGACUGAAAUGUAGUCAGCUAAAGGAUAAUCCACUGUCGUCUCUGGGGAAUUUGCCAAAUCUUGUGCAUCUACACUUGAUUCGAGCUUAUGAAGGAACCAAGCUGCGUUUCAAUGCCAACAACUUUCUGAAGCUACAGUUUCUGGGCCUUGUUUGUUUUGACAAACUCAAAUGCGUGGAAGUGGAGAAGGGAUCAAUGUCUUGUCUUGAGAAGUUGAUUAUUGCGAAUUGUAAGCUAAUGGAGGAGCUUCCAUCGGGUGUUGAGCACCUGGAAAAGCUGACAGUGCUGCAGUUCAUUGACAUGUCUGAUGAGUUCGUGAAGAAACUCAAGAGAGAUGGACAAGACGACGAUUGUUACCUGAAAGUGGCCCAAUUUCCAGAAGUAUAUUAUGGAUACCGGAGAUGUGGGGGAUGGGACGCCCUGCUUACCAAGACAUUGUGUGAGAGAAGCGUUGAAUUUCCUCCAUGCUCGAAAUGAGCGGCUGAGCCUGGGACGCAGUUUGAUUGAAUGACUGCAAUUCUAGAUAAUCGUUGACGCUUUGUGAUAGAAGUUUAAAAGCAUAUUGUGUAAUAUUUGACUUGGUCAAAAGGCAUAUAGCCUCCGCCCGACCAAAAAAAAAAGGCAUAUAGCUUUGACGUGGUCAAAGAAAGGGAGCAGUAUUUAAGAGCACACGCGAAAAGAGAAAGGGAAAGGAAACCAGAAGGAAAGAAAGAAAA